GAUGUGCAGACAUUAUCCAGUUAUCUGCAAGUAUGUAAUAACAUUCUAACAACUAUUUUCUAUGUCUGCGAAAUGAACAGAACAGUUUUAAUUGUAUUUUUUCUGUGAAAUGUAGGGAUACAAGUUUUAUUCCUUAUUUGAUUCUUUCAUUUAUUUACCGUGAGCUAGGAUCGAUUGUCAUUAGGUUUUUGAUAUAGCUACUUGGCCUACCAUAAAACAGCCUAAAUGCAGUUUCACAGAAGGGGUCCGCUAAAUUAAUAUAACUGUAUAAUGAUUUCAAAUUUUAGGUGGAACCUUGAACUUUCAAUUAUACAAAUUUAACUUGAAAAUUAUUUAUAGGGAGCAUUAGAAAAUUAUAUAUGUAAAAUAAUAACCAAAUGGUUAUAAGAUGGAGCCACUAAAAUUUUUCACAACUCUGGCUCUCCAGCCCUGCUGAGACAUCUGGUUUGAAAUUUUGAAGUACAUUUCUAUGUGCUGUAACAGUGAAGUGUCGGAUAUCAGAAAAUUUUCCAAUGUUUAUAACAAUAUUUUUAAAACAUUUAGCAUUCUCUCUCUCUUCAGCCACUCUCCCUACUCGCUCUUUAUAAACCCUUUAACUGAUAACUCCUACUCCAGCCUCCUAUAAAAUUUCAUGACUCAGACUCUCCAGCCCUGCUGAGACAUCAGACAAUUUGGUUACAUCUGAAAUACAUUUCUAUGUGCUGUUACAGUGAGGUGUCAAAUAUCAGAAAAUUUUACAAAGUUUAGGACAAUAUUCUUUAAAACUUUUGGCAUUCUAUAGUUACUCUUCCUACUCACUGCGUUCAAAAUAUUUCGACGUAAAAUUCUGUUGAUAAUAUGAGAUAGGGUAUGAGCAAAGUGUAGGCCUUUAUGUCAGUAUGCAUGACUCAAUAUUAUUUUUUCUUUGCCACAAUUUUCAUUUGAUGUGUUCAAUUCUGCAAUGUGCAAUUCUCUUUUUUUAUAUAUAUUUCUGUUCAACAUUUUCUCAUGAAUAACUAUGAACAAAUGUAAUUAUCUGGUAAAAACAAUUAUUUAGUCAGAUUUACAUUUGCUUGAUAGUAAUAGAGAAUGCUCAUUAUUGAUAUUGUUAUAAAAGGUUAAAUAUUGUUCUAUUAUUGAUUGAAAUAGUCAUUCUACAUGAAGCGUUUCAUUCAAAAGAUAAUAAUUAAUAAAAUGUUUUAAUUACUUUUAAGUUUAUGAACACAGAUAUCCUAAUCUGUGAAAUGAAUUGCUAAAGUAGCUAUUUUUUCUAUACUGAAUCUAUACUCUGGUCAUCAUGAUUUUAUGUUACAUUUAUUUGGAUAUUUAAUUAGGGGUCUCAUGGUCACGACACAUCUAUGUGGCCUGCUGUAUGAUAAAUUCACUACUUGUUGAUGCAAAGAUACCCGCAAGGUUUAAUUAUACAAGAAAAAAUAUGGGGUCUAGUGUACUUCUAGUGGGUGAAGCAUAACAAUUUGUGCAUAUGUCAAUCCUAGCCCCCACCUGACUGGGUCAUCCAAAAAUCACGUCACUACACCAUCACAGUGACAUAAUAAGGGCCUUCAAACUAUAUGCACUGUCAUCCAAGACACGCAAACGUUCACCCAAAAUGGAACAGCUAUUUCUCUCGUUUUGUCGGCGCAGCGAUCCUGAUACGAGAGAGAUCGCUGCUGUUAGUGAGUUGUUUAUCGUCGGCGCAGAUGCUAUUUGGGGCGAUUGUAGGUAUACUUUGACAAGCUCUAUGACGUGUUUGUGACGUCGUAGUGACGCAAUUUUUAGAUGGCGUAGUCAGGUGGGGGUUAGGAUUGUGCAAAAAUUGCUGUGCUACACGAGACCCAAAAUAUGUAAUGGUAGCUGCGGACUUGCAGUGUCAAGGAUUUGUUUCCUUUAAUUGGGAAAAUAUAAACUUGUUGUUAUUCCUGAACUAUCCAUUACUGAUUAUUUUCUUUCAAUGAUUACGUAUACCCUAAAUUUCCAUAUUGUGAUAGCUUAUUAAUACUGAUGAUAUAUCUGGUUUUGUUUGCCAUUUUCAUUCUGAGUGUUAAUAUUUUGCAUCAAUUUUUCUAGAUGAUUGCUUCUGAUUAGAUCUGUGGAAUAACUUUUUGUAGGGUAGCCUACAUAACUGUUCAAUUUAAACUUAAACAAAGUCGCAUUCACUAUGUCUAGUUCUGAAUUAACUCAUGUCCAUGAUGGAGAGGAUGUGGAAAAUAGUAACAGUUUCCAGACUAAAUUUCAAGAAGCUCUUGGGAAUCCUGAAAAAUUGUGGGAUUAUAUCAACGAAAACAAAGAAGCAGAAACUGUUAUCCGACCUGUUGCUUGGGAAUUGAUCGGUUCCACUAUAAGUUUUCUCAGAGAAAAUGCCAUUUCUGAAAAUCUGAAGACAUAUGAGAAAUGUUUGGAGAAAAUUGCUGGAUUCGCAGUACCGAAAGAUGUUUAUCUGGGUAUAUUGGAACAAUUUGACCCGAGUAUUGAGUCGAUGUAUGUUGAACUUCUCAUGCCUGCAUUAUCAAAUGUUCUUGAGAAGCUUGCUCUAAAUGACAUCGAUGCGUGUAUCACUGUCCUUGAAACUACAUUUUCAACUUUAUCAUAUUAUCUUGAAAGUCUAAAUAUUCCUAAGUAUGAAGAUUUUGAUCCCACAUUAAAACGAACAAAAAAAUUCGAAGCUCAGAAAAUUGAAAGUUUUAUUUCUAAAUAUAUUGAUUUAUUAAACCCAGUGGUGAAAGAAAUAUACUCUAAAAACAACCAGAUAUCUUCAAAUAUUCUUCAAUUUGAAAGUUAUAUGUUUCAGUUUUUAUGCAAUUUGCUCAUAAUGCUGGGACAAGUUGACUUAGAUGAGCCCUUACCAGAUAAAGAAAAUGAUCCAAUAAGAGAAAAUGUAAUUUUUCCGGGGACUUCAAAAAUAUGCUGUGACGUUAUGCUUAAAAUAACACAUUUUCACUCACCAAAUGUUCUGUGGCAUAUUGUGAAUUGGUACAAGUUACAACCAGCUGAGGAGCGGUCAAUGGAAGCUAAAUUUGAAAUUGUAAAACAAGUCGAUCGAGCGAGAGCAUGUUAUGUUUUUUUAUUGCUGUGUAGAGGUUUGCUUUAUGAUCAAUUUCCUAAAGUUUAUUCGAGUCAAUGUCUUUUGGUAUUUACAUGCAUAUCACUAAACACUCUACUUUCUUGUGAAAACCAGUGUGUGGCAUGGAAAGGUUUAGAAACUCUUUCAUUCAUUUUGAAUCAAACAAGUGAUAGCUCAAUCUCAUGUGGCGAAGUUGUCUAUAAUAUAAAAAUGUCUUAUGGAAGCUUUCAAGGUCGUAGUCAAUCACUAAAUCCCAUCCUUGAUGUUUUUAAAAAUCUCAUUAGCAUUGCUGUUAUGCUACCUUCGAAAACUAUCCGUUCAACUGCUAUACAACAUGUGACUAAACUACUGAAUUUAUUCCGUUGGGAGGAUAAAUAUUCAAUUUUGGUUCAUCUGCUCCGAACAACAGAUCACAAUGGUGUACAAGGAGUCUUGAUUGGUUACUUAAAAGAUCGUUUCAAUGAAAUUUUACAAGAAAUUUCCCCAAAAAAUUCUUCCAUUUUUUGUGAAGCUCAUAGAAUGUCUACUCUAGGAGAACUGAUAUUCUUAUUACCUCAAGGAACAGAGACUGAUUUACUUGAAGACUGUGACAGACUCAUGCCUGCAUUGAAUUUGUUUCGUUUCCUUCUUAUCAGAGAUAAGACGAACAAAACAGGAAUACUUGAUCAUUUGGAUAAAUUAGAUACAGAGUUUCUAAAACCUUUGAGGAAUGCUAUUGAUCUAUCUCGAGCUCAUUAUGAAAAUGAACUAAAGAAGUAUGAUAGGAGUUCUGAACGUCCUGAUGACAAUAAAACUGAAUUUCUUGUUAAUGGAACCCCAUUACCUACAUUACCAUACAAGGAGCAAAAGCGAACACUUGAGGCAGCAUUGCAUACUUUUGAUAUGAUUGAAAUUGUUACAAUUAGGGUAAUUGAGUUGAUAGAUGUUUCAUACACAAAACACAAUAGUGGAUGUGAAAAGCAUACUCAAAACAAGCUAUGAUUUAUUUAAUUAAUGAAACAUAUAUUGAAUAAGACGGCUGUAGCUCUAUAUGCUUGUAUUAUUUAUUCGAACUCCCGAAGUAUGUGAACCAAAAUACUCUGAACAUAGUAUGUGUACCACGUUAAGGUUAGGCCCUAAUUGUAUUCCAAUUUUCCUUAUUUUAGUUCUAUUACGAGUUCGGAGACUAGCCAAGUGACUCUCGUAGUAUUUGUACCUGAAAUUAUGGCCUAACCCUAACCUGGUACACAUACUACGUUCCGGUGUCCUCCAUCUUGGUUCACAUACUUUGGAGUACCUAUUUAUCUCGUUGUUCCUAAUUUGAAUAAAAAUUAAUGACUUUGUUUUUCAUUUUUGUCACUCCCCAAUCUGUUUUCAAAGUCUGUUGUGCAAUUUAAAUUACCAGAAGUUAGCUAUAGAGAGUCAGCCUUUUCGAAAAAAAUGCUUCAAUUAUUUUUUGAAUGUUUAAUAACAUAUCUUUCGGGAGAUAACUUGAAAUUUGCAUCCAUGAAUUAUUGAGUUUAUUUCUUGUUAAGAUCAGUUUUAUAUAUUAUUCUUAUUUUUAG